AUAUUUUCAUUUCCUUUUUUUGGUUUUUCGAAAMAUAAUCUCGACUCAAUCAAUUCGUACCAUAUCGCAAAGGUAAGCAAAAGGAAGACGRAAGGAAGAUUGUGCAUAUGCAUUAUGUUCGAAACUUAUACUCGAUACUCUCUCUCAUGAUCUUCACAGAUGACAAUGAAAGUWGUUAACAACGAAACUGCCRCUUUGACCGCAAACGAGCACGAUGUGCAGGUCAACAAGGGCAAAACUCUCGAGCAGAGAUUUCCACCUCUCGAUGGUGAAAAGUUGAAAUGGUUUCCGAAGUCAUCUUUGCCUGAUGAGAUYCCUGCCAUUGAUAUCAGCAAAGUCAACACGAAAGAAGAGCUGGAACAAUUUUUGGUAGACAUCCGCAAGUCAGGACUUUUCUACAUCGUCAACCACGGUGUUCCCGAAGACGUCUCAAUUAACGUUUACAACGCCUUCAGAGAAUUUCUCUCGUCCACCACCGAAGAAGAGAGAAUGAAGUAUUACACGGACACUCAUUUCCAAAAUGGUGGAUACGUCCCCUUCCAAGGCUCUUCCAUUCGCGGAGGAAAUUUAGGCAAGCCGCAGAAGGACCACGUCGUGAAAUACUUUUGGAGAGGGCCUCAAGUUGUUAAUAGGACCCCMAGCGAGAAAUUCACCAAGGCACACGAUGYCCAUCAUACUGAGACCUUCAACGUAGCGGAGAAGGUGAUUAGAACCAUUUUCAAGGCCUUAAAGCUUCGCUUCCCUGACUUCGAUCCUAUGGAAUUCGAAGACACUAUUAAUUCAAAGAAGAUGUUCUUCACCAAUCGUGUUUACCCUCAGGCUGAAAAGAGUGACGAAGAAACUAUYACUCAUCGUCUCGUUCCCCACUUAGAUACCAGCUUCAUCACGUUAGCGAAUCAAGUUCCUGCCGACAAUGGCUUCCAAGGUCUGUUCGUUGAGACUGGAGAUGGGAAAAAGGUGAAGGUCCCUGGCAUCCGUAACAGCUAUUUGGUCUUCAUCGGUCAAAGUCUGUCUUUCCUUACGAAGAACUACCUUCCAUCGGCUCUCCAUGGUGUCGACAAGCCUCCCAAGGAAAUGUUCGAAGGAAGCGAAAGAUCCUCGUUGAUCACUUUUUAUGAACCUGCCGAAAUCAUUAUUCCAUCCAAGAACAUCAAUCCCAACCCAGAUGAGACCACUGAUUCGUGUCCGUUUUAUGAUUCUAUUGGAUUGGAUGUAAAUGAUCCCAAGGGCACUACCUGGGAUUUUGUGAAGAACAAAUUCAUUACCGGAUAUUACGCGGAUUAAGUGUACCUCAUUAGCCGUCGAGUCAGAUAAUAGGAUAUUACGCGGAUUAAGUGUACCUCAUUAGCCGUCGAGUCAGAUAAUAUCAAAAAUUACGUAACGUUAUCGUUUUAAUGGACAACUUUCUUGAUUAUUUUCRACAGUCGACACGACGUAACAAUAUCGUUUAGAUUAAWAGCUUUAAUCAAUAUUUUCAACGACC